CCCAGAGAACCGUCGAAGAAGAAAUGGAGCGACUCUAAUCGCAGCCGCUAACACAACAGCAGAAGAAGACCGCUAGCCAUUAGCUUGUUAGCCAAACGCAAUUCCCCCAAAUGUCUGUCUAAUAUCCGCGCAGGGGUGGAAUAAAUCAUAUGCUGGGAAGCAGAGAGACCGGGGUGUUAAACCGAGCCGAGUUCUGACAACAUGGAGAAGCAGCUGCAUUUGAACCUGUUAGCCUCCAGACCUCCCAUGGCAGGUGGAUUUCAAUCCGGCUCCAAAAUGAAAAUGGGACCUGGACGGAAGAGAGAUUUCUCGCCCCUGCCCUGGAGUCAGUAUUUUGAAACAAUGGAAGAUGUAGAAGUGGAAAAUGAAAAUGGCAAAGAUAUUUUCAGAAUCUACUGCAGCGGCUCCCAUGGUCCUGUGCUGCUCCUGCUUCAUGGAGGAGGUCACUCUGCACUUUCCUGGGCAGUGUUUACUGGGGUUAUUUACAACAGGAUCAACUGCAGGGUCGUGGCGAUGGACCUUCGAGCUCACGGCGACACCAAAGUGAAAAAUCCUGAAGAUCUCUCUGCAGACACGAUGGCAAAGGAUAUUGGUAAAGUGGUGGAAGCUCUCUAUGGCGAGAACCCUCCUCCGAUCAUGAUUAUUGGACACAGCAUGGGUGGCGCCAUUGCCGUUCACACAGCCGCAGCGAAUCAUAUACCGUCCCUGCUCGGCCUCUGCGUCAUCGACGUCGUUGAGGGUACAGCAAUGGAUGCUUUGAACAGUAUGCAGAAUUUCCUCAGAAGUCGGCCAAAGACGUUUAAAUCUCUGGAGAACGCCAUCGAGUGGAGUGUCAAAAGUGGGCAGAUCCGAAACAUCGAGUCUGCCCGAGUGUCAAUGGGCGGUCAGGUGAAAAAAUGUGAGGAGUCCACCACCAGCUCGGGUGUCUCCAAUAGCAUCGAAGGUAUUAUUGAAGAAGAGGAGGAUGAAGAGGCAGAGGAAGAAUCUAAUAAGAAAAGAAUGAAGGAAGAUGACCAAGAGAUGAAAAAAGAGAGCGUGUUCACCUGGCGGGUGGAGCUGUCAAAGACGGAAAAAUACUGGGAGGGUUGGUUCAGAGGACUGUCUGCCCUCUUCCUCACCUGCCCUGCGCCAAAACUGCUCCUGCUCGCAGGGGUGGACCGGCUUGACAAAGACCUCACUAUUGGACAGAUGCAAGGGAAGUUUCAGAUGCAGGUGCUCCCUCAGUGUGGUCACGCCGUUCACGAGGACGCUCCUGAUAAAGUAGCAGACGCUCUAGCAACGUUUAUGGUCCGGCACAAAUUCACUGAGUUUAAAGAGGGAUACCUGUGUUAAUUCCCUUUCAGAAUAAAGCCAGCAGCUGUAGAAGAAAAAUCUUUCAAGAUUCAUCAUCAUUGUCAAAUUUAACAAGUUAUUAUUAUUAUUAUUGUUACUUUUUUUUUUCUGUUGCUUUUUGGUAUGUAGAUAUUUGCCUUUAGCUUUGCCUUACUUUUGAUGGGAUUCAUCCAUAUUUUUUUUUCUUUACAGUUAUCUUCUUUUUUUAAGAGCCGAUAAAGUAAUUCUUUUCGUAUUUAAAUAUUUUUUUGAGUGAUUGCAUCAAUGUUACUGAGUGUUUUCAAUGUUUGAAUUCCAAUGAUAAUUAAAGAUGGAUGCCGCCAAUAACGAUCUCCAAGCUGUUUCGUGUCCUUAAGAUGACAGAAGUUCUCUAAAAAUGACAAUUUGUUGGCUUGUGUUAAAUGAGGGGAUAUGCUGUGGGGAAUAAAUGUGGAAAUUUAUGUUUGUUUUAUUUUCAUUCUAAAGUAAUGGUAAUAAAUUUUUUGGAACAUG